AUGCGUGAUAGGCGUUCGCUGGUGCAUCGGGGUGCAAUGGAUGGAACCUCCGUUGCUGCGGUUGAGAUGCCGAAUCCAACGGAGGAUGAGAAAAAGGAACGACACAACCUUAUCGUGAGACAUCAUCGUCAUAAAGGUAUUGUUUUCUACAUUUACUUCCUUGCCGUUGUAUUAGGUAUUCCUCUGAUGUUGGUGUAUUACUUCACUCCUUUCUUUGUACUUGAGCAACUUCGAUGCCGUGCGGGAGAUAGGUUCUUUCGGACUGACCCCACAGUGCAGACUAUCGAAAGGGAGUACGCCGACUACUUUGAAAGUCCGCCGUUGUAUCCAUCAGAUGCCUACAAUCUCUCAAUGUUUUGGGGGACCUACGAGCCCAGCCGUAUUUUUGCUAUGAAGAGCCGUUCAGCUCAGCCUGUUAUUGUGGGAAUUGCAUGGUAUGAUACGCCGGGAAAGUAUAACUUACGGCACGUCAUGCCUUUUAUACAUAAUAAAGUUAGAGCCCCGCGUACUUCAUACAAAUAUGGUUCGGAUCCAGAGAUGAUGAAAAUUCGUUGGCUUGCCCACGAUGGGAUUCACUAUGGCAAGCAAAUUAUAGUCGAUACGGCUAACAAACUGCAGAUGGAAGUGGAAUUUUUAAAAAGUCCUUCCGGGAAUGCAUGGCAUGUUCGUGUGCAUGCUCAUGUGGAAACCCCAAUUGACUUUGUGCUUUAUGUGGCUAAUGCGGACAUGAACGAGGCGGUAAGGGUCGAGGCUCCGGAUGGGCAUAAUGACGGUGACUGGAGCCCAGUCCUGAAAAGCAGGCUUCUUAACUAUCGUUCUGAAAAGGAAUCUUUCAAAUUACGUGUUUAUGAUCAUCACAGCAUGUUGUACGACACGGCUCCAUGGCGUAUUUACGGCCUUCAGACAGACGUCGACGAUAGUUUUGCCUUUACCACGGCGUAUACAGUCGGGGGAACACCGGACGAGCGUACGAUAGCUGACGGUAAAGGCAUUACGUUCGGCCAUCACGCCCAUCAGCUGCAGGAGCAAAAAAUAAAUCUACGAAAUCUGCCCGAUACGGUUUUUACCUACACCGAAACUGUUGACCAAUCGAGCUUCCGAUCACCUAAUAGUAAUUCUGGCGUGGAUUCGAACACAAAUAACGUAAUAGUAAUGAAGAAGUUCUACGAUACGGAUUUUAGACUGGAGCUUUCGUUAAGUCCGGAUCAAUCCGAUUCGGCCUCUAAUGUCGAUAAAAAAACACUCAAUGGGGAAGGUACCGAUUCCUUGCGAGCACCGUCGCCUUCGACCUACGAAGGGUUAACGGUUUGUCAGCUCUCCAACAUCUUCCGCCGGCGUGAAAAAGCAAUUCUGCGGCAUAUGCAAAACAUUUGUCGUGACUGGGUGAACGGGUUCAGAGUUAAAGGGGAUCUUUAUCAACGUAUCCUUGUCCAGACCCUUGGUGAGUCCCUUGGAUCUUUUUCUUUCAGCACCGGAUACUAUUUCGAGGCCGAAAGGAGCCUUGACGAGCUGCAGGAUCGGCUCGCCGUCGCGCAGGUCCCGUGGUCGGAUCACCAGCUAACGCGCUCGCCCUAUAAGGCGAGCGCGAUGGCCGCGGUGGGCUCCCGCACUGACGAGGCCUUUGGCCAGUCAUCCCUCACCGGGCUACAGCUUUUGUUCCUCUUGCGCUGGCAUAAGGAGCUGGUGAAGGACGUCCUGGCCUCCUGGCUGGUGGGGGCGCAGCACCCUCAGACCGGGUUCCUCCCCAGCCUCGCCGGGUUUACCCCCGGGGUUCGUUCUCUCAUGCCCGCCGAGCGGCGCUAUGAACGUCCGAGCUUCGCCAGCCCCCCGAUGCUUCUUUUAGGGCUGCGGGAGCUGCUGCACGAGAUGGCACAGAAGGAGGCCCGCCUGAAACGAGCAAAGCCCGGGAAGCGACGGAACACGCCGGGCUACUACUCGCAGGAGCAGGACGCGGAUCGGGACUUUCUCCGCGCGAUCUUGCCUUCCCUGAAACGGUGGCGGCGGUGGUGGCACGCGACGCAGUGUGGGUCGCUCGUGAAGGACGCGGCGAGGGACUGCGCCGGACGACGGCCGCUCGAGGAGUGGCCGCGCGGGGUGACUGGGGAUCCGGCGGAUCUCCUCGUCUACCGAUGGCGCUCGCGAGAUGGCCACACCCUCCCUGCGAGCGGGAUGAACGACUACCCGCGGGCGUUCUGCCCUGGGGAACAUUACAUGGAGGCCCAUGUGGAUCUUUUCUCCUGGAUUGCACUGCUUAGUAACCUGAUUUCGCAGAUCGAGGUGGAGCAUCUUGGGUUGCCUGCCAGUGUUGAUAUUGACUGGGAAGCCCACCUAGCUGCGGUACACUGGGAUAGCAAUCGCAGGCGGUACGCAGAUCGUACGGGCUGCCUGGCUCAAGAGUUUUCCCCCUACGUCGGCUAUGUGAACCUCUUCCCAAUUAUGCUUGGUGUCGUACGACAGGAUCAGGAAAAAAUCCGCGCAACUAUUCGAAUAGCCCGUAAUGAGCUGCAGACAAAGUUUGGGCUCAUGUCUGUCUCCUUCGAUUCUGUGCGGCGCUAUAGGGAGGCGGGGCUACCGCAUCACAACGUUUGGAUGGGCUACGUGUGGCCUUCCGCCAACCUUAUGUUUCUUUAUGCGCUUAAAUCCACCUACUUGGAUAUUCUCGCCGGUUCGGAUAUUAGCAAGGAUAUACAAAACUUUUACACUGAACUACGAUUAGACAUGGCUGAGACGAUACGGAAUGGGAGCCGUUGGUGGGAGUUUUAUAACCCUGUGAACGGGCGUGGUGAGGGCAGUAAGACCUACAUCGGUACUCAAGCUCUUCUUUUGGGAAUUUUAGAUGAUUUUUCAUCCAAAUAA